AUGGCUACAAAUGGCGACCAGCAGGCAUUUGCGCCAGCAGAUGUCCUGGCUGCUGUCCUGACUUUGAGGGGCGGGGAGCAACAAGCGAAAGAGAAGGCUCACGAGUACCUUCAAAGCUUCCAGAAGUCGAAAGAGUCUUGGGGCACCGUCGUUGGCAUCUUGCAGUCAGACGCAGAGCCCGAGGCGACUUUGUUUGCUGCAAUCACACUCCGCGGAAAGAUAACUUACGAUCUUGCUACCCAGAUCCCGCCAAGCCAGCAUGAAUCCCUCCGGGACCAGAUCCUCCUUCUCUUACAGCGGUACGCCGCCGGACCAAAGCCGAUUCGAGUGCAGCUUUGCGUAUGUCUCGCGAUUUUGGCUAUUCAGAUGAAGGACUGGAACGACGUGCUUUCCUUGGUGGUAGGGUCACUGAACAACAACCCAGAGAGCCAUGCCGCCAUUCUGGACUUUCUGCGGGUUCUUCCAGAAGAGGUCACCGAAGGUCGCAAAAUUACCUUGUCUGAAGAAGAUCUCGCAGCACGGACACAGGUCUUGUUGGCUGAUAAUGCCGACAGAGUUGUACAGCUCUUGAUCAACUACGCGCAGUCAUCUCCUACGGCUGCACGAAACCCUCAAUUGAUGGAAUGCUUGACAUCCUGGCUCAGGGAAGUGCCUGUUAGGACAGUUGCUAAUUCACCACUCUUGGACAUCGUAUUUAACGGCGUAUCAAGCGAAGACUGUACCCAAGAAGCUGGCGAGGCUCUCUGCACCAUGCUCAGAGAGACUUCCGACGUUGAGGAGAGCCAAGACGUGAUCGAAAUCCUCUUCCCUCGCGUUCUCACCCUUCGAUCUCAGAUUGACAAGAUAGUCGAGGAAGAGGAUACGGAGCGAUUCAAGUCACUAACAAAGAUUUUUGCUACGGCUGCGGAAAGCUGGGUUGUCGCCACUGCGCGCCAGCCUGCGCACUUCAGGCCAUUGGUGGAUAUCGUUCUCGAAUGCGCAUCCAAGGACAAGGACAAGGACGUUAUCGAGCACACAUUCAACUUUUGGUACGAUCUCAAACAGUACAUCGUGCUGGACAGAUAUGUUGAGAGUAGGGCGAGUUUUGCUGAGGUAUAUUCCAAGUUGGUGGAUAUACUUUUGAGUCAUCUUCAAUAUCCACAGCCUGAAGGCGGCAAUGAGGCGGAUCUAUUCGAAGGGGACAGGGAGCAAGAAGAGAAAUUCCGCGAGUUCCGCCAUAUGAUGGGUGACACACUCAAGGAUGCGUGUGAAGUUCUCGGGGUCACCGAAUGCUUGACCAAGGUCCUCCAUUCCAUCCAGCUCUGGAUGCAGAAGUACGCCAGCCAAGUUGCCGAUACCGUUGUACCGCACUGGCAGGAAUUGGAGGCACCACUGUUCGCUGUACGGGCUCUUGGUAAGAUGGUCGAUAGCAACGAGGAUGUUGUGCUACCCCAGCUCAUGCCACUCCUCGUUCAGAUCCCCAGCCACGAGAAACUGCGAUUUGCAACGAUCAUGGUCCUUGGCCGGUAUACUGAAUGGACCGCGGCGCACCCAGAGUAUCUUGAGUCUCAGUUCUCCUACAUUGUUUCCUCCUUCAAUACCGACUCGAAAGAAAUUGUUCGGGCCGCUGCUCUUUCGAUUAAAUUCUUCUGUACCGACUGCAAGUAUUUACUCAGCAACCAAGUCUUGCAACUCCAGACCUUUUACGACUCUGUCCUAGACAAGCUGCCAGAUUUUAGUAAGGAGGAAAUUACUGAGGGGGUGGCAAAUGUGGUUGCUGUUCAGCCAGUCGAAGAAGUCUACCGCCUACUCAAGCUAUACUGCGACCCUCUCGUCCAUCGACUGAUGGAGAAGGCCAACCACAUCACAGAUGAUGAUAGCAAGUUGGCUCUCGCAGAUCACCUUCAACUCAUCACCAUAUUUGUUCAGAACGUGAUUCCAUCAGUGAACCCCGGCCAAGAAAACCCAGCCGUCAAAUAUUGGCAGGAGGUCUUCCCCAUUCUGGCAACUGUAUUGGACAACUUUUUAAGUUUCACCCCAAUUUGCGAACGAGUUUGCAGAUGCUGGCGAAGCAUGAUCAUCUCGUACCGCACAGCCAUGUCGCCCUUACUCCCCGAAAUGGCCAACAAGCUCGCACACGGAUUCACAACUUCCCGGGAGGGAUGCUUCCUUUGGGUAACAUCUGCGAUACUGAGAGAGUUUUCAGAGGACCGGGAGCAUGUCGACCAAAAUACAACGAACAGCAUUUACUCCUUUUUCGAAGCUCAGGCAACGACGUUCUUGCGGGUUAUGACUCAGCUGCAGCCUAAGGAACUCCCUGAUGUCAUCGAUGACUUCUUCCGGCUCCUAAUUGACGCACUGCUCUACUACUCACAACGACUCAUCCCAUCCCAGCUUAUGGGCCCAAUCUUCGAGGCUGCUGUAUAUGCUCUGACACUAGAGCAACGCGAUCCGCUCACAUCUACUCUUCACUUCUUACGAGAUUUCUUAUCCUAUGGUGGUGACAAUCCCGCCACUAGCGACAGAAUUCCAGAACCUGCUGCAACGCAAAUCCGGGAGUUCGUCAAGACCAUUUUGCUUCAGCAGGGGCCUAAUCUUGUAAAGCAAGUGAUGGCUGGGAUGAUGAUUACCUUCCCACGAGAUUGCUUUGCUGAUGGGAGCGGAGUUCUCCUUGCUCUGUUUGAGCUCCUCCCUUCCCAAACGACUGAGUGGGUGUCGCACACGAUCCAAUUACUGCCAGAAGGUACUGUGUCCCCUGUGGAGGCCGACCGUUUGAUGAGCAAAAUCAGGGAGAAGCUUCAGAGCUCCGAUGCCGGUGGGGUGCGGGCUGUUCGCGUUCUGCUUCAGGAUUUCACCAAUACAUAUCGACGCAGGAAUGUAGCACCUCGCGAUGGACUUGGUCAACUCGAAGCUACGCGAUUCCAAUUUUCAGGCUGA